AUGCCUCAGGUUGUGUACACUCUCACCGUGGCUAGACGAACCCGAGGGGUUCCUCUGCCUCAGUGGUUUGGACUCGACCCCUGGGAGUUUGUGAAUCCGGUGAAUUAUUGGAUAGAUAGGGGAGACGAACGAGUUCAUUUAGAGGGGCUCUACCGGACUUCAGCUGGCACUCUCGAAUCACCAAGAGUGGCAAAAGGACUGUGGGAUAAAUCACCCUCAGACCCACUGGUCUUGGCCCUCGAAAAAGAUAACAAGGCAAAGAGAGGGCAAAUCAAACACUGUUGUUCAGCAUGCAGUAUAGGACAACGGUGGGGGGAGGCGGAGGAGGUUGAGGCUGAAACCGAGGAUGAGGAGGAAGGGAACUUCCCCAAAAAGGAGGAGGACUCAGGUGGGGAGGGCACAUCUACUAGAACCCACCCUACGCGUGGGAGUCCAAUUGCAUUUAGAACUAGGAGGCAAGUAGUGCUACAGGCCCCUCUGCGACAGGCAGUGGGACCAGAAGGGACCAAAUUGAUGAUCAAAGUGCCAUUUACCACCCUUGAUUUAGAAGCAUGGGAAAGGAUUGCAAGGAAUUAUCGUGUUGACCCGAUACUCACUGCCAAACGCUUACGAUAUGUUAUCAAACAACACAAUCCAGACUGGGCUGACAUCCAGCUGCUACUAGAUGCUUUCACUGAGACUGAGAAACAGCUGAUCUUAAAGACAGCAGGGAAUUUGGCAGAGGAUUACUGUAAGGCCACACAGCUGGAUGUAAAAGAACAUUUCCCCCUCCAAGAUCCAGAAUGGGAUCCUAAUGUGUCGGCAGAGGUAAAGAAAUUAACAGAGUAUCAAGAGUGGAUAGCAACAGGGGUAGAAAGAGCUAUUCCAAAAACCAUAAACUGGUCUGCCUUAUAUUCCCUUAAGCAGGGGCCUUCUGAGACUCCAUCUGAAUUCCUAGAGCGUUUGAGGGAUGCUAUGCGUCGUCAUACAUCAUUAGAUCCGGAGUCUGAGAUAGGGAUAAAUCAACUAGUUAAUUCAUUUUUGGGGCAGUCUGCUGGAGAUAUCAGACGUAAACUUCAGAAAAUUCGGGGACCAGAUGGGAGGAAUCUCGAAGCCUUGUUAGAGGAAGCCUGGAGAGUAUUUAGUAACCGGGAGGAAGGAUAUAAACAGGGAAUGAAAAGGUUGGUGGCAGUGGUACAGGAGGAAAGGCAGAGGAAAUACAACCAGAGACUGCCGAGACAGGGACCACCUCGGCUGGACAGGAACCAGUGUGCAAUCUGCAAAAGAAUUGGUCACUGGAAAGACCAAUGCCCAGAACGAAGAAGGAGUAACCAGCAGAUGGCUGCACGCGUACAAGACAACUGAGGAGGACCGGGGGAUUCUACCCCAGCGGAUCCACUGGUUAUAACAAUGAGGCUGGGGGAAGAAGGGAGAAGGGUGGAAUUUUUGGUUGACACGGGGGCUACAUAUUCAGUUCUAAAUAAGGCUUUAGUACCUGUGGAAAAUGAUUAUGUUGUAGUGCAGGGGGCAGCUGGCCAGUCUGAAAGAGCAUAUUUUUGUAAACCUUUGAGGUAUAAAUUGGGAAAACAAUGGGGUAUUCAUAAAUUCUUGUACAUGCCUAACUCACCAAGAGCACUCUUAGGGAGAGAUUUAUUGGAACAGUUACAAGCAACCAUUACAUUCAAAAAGGGGGAAAUUACUCUGGAGGUAAAUGAUCAAAAAUACAUAGAGUUAUUAAGUUUAACUCUGACAGCUAUUGGCAUUAAGGAAGAAAUUGAUGAAGAAAUACUGAGUCAGGUAUUUCCUGGGGUGUGGGCCUCUGAUGUGCCAGGGAGGGCGAAAAAUGCCUCUCCCAUAAUAAUCAAACUCAAGGAGGGGGCGCAACCAGUGAGAAUCAAGCAGUACCCCCUAAAGAAAGAGGAUAGGGAAGGAAUCAGCCCAAUAAUUGAAAAUUUUCUGCGGUUAGGAUUACUGAAAGAAUGCCAAUCUGAUUUCAAUACCCCCAUCUUACCUGUUCGGAAACCUGAUGGGUCAUACCGGAUAGUACAGGAUUUGAGGGCUCUCAAUAAAAUAACAGAAGAUCUGUAUCCGGUGGUAGCCAAUCCAUACACUUUAUUAACUUGCCUAACACCUGAGCUAACCUGGUUUACUGUUUUAGAUCUAAAGGAUGCCUUCUUUUGCCUCCCCAUCCAUGAAGCCAGCCAAAAAAUUUUUGCAUUUGAAUGGGAAAGCCCUAAGAGUGGGCGCAAAACCCAGCUCACAUGGACCAGACUACCCCAAGGCUGGAAAAAUUCCCCUACUUUGUUCGGGGAGCAACUUGCAAAGGAUCUGGAGUCCUGGGAAGCUCCACAGGAAGAAGGAAGGCUUUUGCAGUAUGUGAACGACCUUCUAGUGGCCACUCAGACGAGGGAAGCAUGUGUGGCCUGGACGGUAAGCCUUUUGAAUUUCCUCGGACUCCAAGGAUACAGAGUAUCGAAGAAAAAGGCACAGAUAGUAAAACAGAAAGUUAUCUACCUGGGGUACGAGGUGAGUGCUGGGCAACGGACUUUAGGGCAGGCUCGCAAGGCAGCCAUAUGCCAGACCCCAAAACCCCAGACCAUAAAAGAGCUCCGAACCUUCUUAGGCAUGGCAGGAUGGUGCCGGCUGUGGGUCUAUAAUUAUGGACUGCUUGUCAGACCCCUCUAUGCUCUGAUUGCCGAUGGAAGCAGAGAUCUCCAGUGGACAAAAGAAGCAACACGGGCCUUUCACCAGCUGAAGAAUGCUCUCAUGUCAGCUCCAGCUUUGGGACUUCCAGAUGUGAGUAAACCAUUCUUCCUAUUUUCCCAUGAGAAACAGGGAAUUGCCCUGGGAAUACUGGCUCAGGACUUAGGUCCAUACCGAAGGGCAGUUGCCUACCUCUCUAAACAACUAGAUGCAACAGCCAAAGGAUGGCCAGGUUGCCUCAGAGCUGUAGCAGCAGUUGUGCUGAACAUUCAAGAGGCACGCAAGUUUACCCUGGGACAAAAAUUGACUGUGCUAGUGUCCCACACUGUAUCUGCAGUACUGGAAGUAAAGGGUGGCCACUGGCUUUCGCCACAGAGAUUUCUGAAAUACCAGGCCAUCAUGGUAGAGCAAGAUGAUGUAGAGAUCGUGGUGACUAAUAUUGUCAACCCAGCUUCCUUUCUCAGUGGAAAUCAAGGAGAAGCAGUACACCAUGAUUGCCUGGAGACCAUCGAAGCGAUCUACUCCAGCCGCCCAGACUUAAAGGACACCCCUCUGGAAGAUGCAGAGACCUGGUUCACUGACGGGAGCAGCUAUGUUACCAAUGGGAAGCGACAUGCUGGGUAUGCAGUGACCACCUACAGAGAGGUAAUAAAUAGAGUCUGGACCUUACCAACAGGUACCUCCGCGCAGAAGGCUGAGAUAAUUGCCCUGACCCGUGCCUUGGAAAGGGCAAAAGGGAGGAGGAUAAACAUCUACACAGACUCGAGGUACGCAUUCAGAGUUGUACAUGCACAUGUGGCCAUCUGGAAGGAGAGAGGACUGCUUACCUCACAGGGAAAGAACAUCAAACAUGCACAAGAGAUAAUCCAGCUGCUGGAAGCAGUUCAGCUGCCUGAAAAGGUAGCAAUUAUGCAUAUUAAGGCACACCAAAAAGUGAGCUCAGAAUUGGAAGAAGGAAAUGAGCUGGCGGAUAGAGAGGCAAAAGAAGCAGCAAAAGGUGAGGUAGCUACUGAAGGAGCCCUUAUUCCAGAUGGACAAAUCUCCCUUGAAGCACUGUUGCGAAUUAGAACGAAACGUCGAGCUAAAGAAAAGUUAAGCCCUUUUGAAAUACUCUAUGGAAGACCAUAUGGAAUACAAAAGGGAGUGUCCACCCAUAUUGGAGAGGUACUCAUUAAGCCACUCCACUCCUCAGCUGGACAUGAGGAGGAAAAAAGUGAUGAGAAGCUUAUAGAUGAAGAUAGGGACAGGGAGAUCAUUCGGCAAAUACCAUCACAGGCAAAAAGGCCCUAA